AUGGCCUUUCAGGACCUCCUGGAUCAAGUUGGAGGCCUGGGGAGAUUCCAGAUCCUUCAGAUGGUUUUCCUUUGUAUCUCCAGCCUCAUAGUGUACCCUCAUAUUCUAUUGGAGAACUUCACUGCAGCUGUUCCUGGUCAUCGCUGCUGGGUUCACAUCCUUGACAAUGACACUGACUCUGCUAAUGGCACUGGGACCCUCAGCCAAGACACCCUCCUGAGAAUCUCCAUCCCACUGGACUCAAACCUGAGGCCAGAGAAGUGUCGUCGCUUCCUCCUCCCCCAGUGGCAGCUCCUUCACCUGAACGGGACCUUCCCCAACAUGACUGACCUGGACACAGAACCCUGUGUGGAUGGCUGGGUGUAUGACCAAAGCUCCUUCUCCUCCACUGUUGUGACUGAGUGGGACCUGGUAUGUGAAUCUCAGUCACUAAAAUCAAUGGCCAAAUUCUUAUUCAUGGCUGGAAUGCUGGUGGGAAGCAUCAUAUAUGGCCAUUUAUCAGACAGGUUUGGGAGGAGGUUAAUGCUCAGAUGGUGUUUGCUCCAGCUCGCCAUUACUGACACCUGUGCAGCCUUUGCUCCCACCUUCCUCAUUUACUGCUCCCUACGCUUCUUGGCUGGGUUUUCUACCAUGAGCAUCCUGACAAAUAUUUCUGUGCUUAUUGUAGAAUGGACAGUGCCCCGAUUCCAAGCCAUGGGAAUGACCAUGUCAAUCUGUGCUGCUUGCAUAGGACAGAUCACACUAGGAGGACUAGCUUUUGCCAUUCGAGACUGGCACACCCUUCAGCUGGUGUUUUCUGUACCAUUAUUUGUCUUCUUUCUUUCCUCAAGGUGGCUGGCAGAGUCUGCUCGGUGGCUGAUUAUCACCAACAAACCAGAGGAGGGCUUAAAGGAACUUAGAAAAGCUGCUCACAAGAAUGGAAGGAAGAAUGCUGGAGACGCUCUAACCAUGGAGGUUGUGAGAUCCAUCCUGCAGGAAGAGCUGGAGGCCGCACAGACCAAAUCUUCUGUGUUUGACUUGUUCCGCACACCCAGCCUGCGUAAGAACAUCUGUCUCCUGUCCUUUGUGAGAUUUGCAAACUUCAUGUCCUUUUUUGGCCUGAUUCUCCACCUCCAGUACAUGGGGAGCAAUGUUUUCCUGUUCCAGGUUCUUUUUGGUGCAGUCAACCUCCCAGCCAAUUAUGUUGCAUUUUUGGCACUGAAUCACCUGGGCCGUCAAGUAAGCCAGACGCUUUUCAUGUUUCUCCUUGGAGUCUCCAUUCUGGCCAUCACAUUUUCGCCUCAAGAAAUACAGACCUUGCGUGUGGCUUUGUCAACUUUGGGAAUAGCAGUUUCUUCUAUGGCUCUCAUGUGUUCUUUCGCCCAUGGAAAUGAACUAGUCCCCACCGUUAUCAGGGUAACAGCCUCGGGAUUCAUGGGAAUUGCUUCUAAUAUUGGGGCAGCCCUGGCUCCCCUCUUGAUGAUCCUAACGGUAUAUUCUCCCCACCUACCCUGGAUCAUCUAUGGAGUCUGCUCUAUCGUCGCUGGCCUUGUUGUUCCACUCCUUCCUGAAACCAGGAAUAAGCCUCUGCCUGACUCCAUCCAGGAUGUGGAAAAGGAGAGAAAAGGCUCAAGAAAAGCAAAGCAGGAAGAUACUUCCAUGAAAGUGACACAGUUUUAA